AUGUUCAGUAUGUUGCAGACUCCUGUGAGCGCACACAAGCAAUUACGCCAUUAUUCACCUCAUGUACCAUCGCCAUUAUCCUCAUCACCUUUACGAUCUUCUCCGCCCGUAUCGCCGCUGGAGCCCCGCAACGCGAAUUUACCAACGAGGAUACAGCAGGCUGGAGAUUUUCAAACUAGUUUCAUGAUGUCACCUGAAUCUGGUGCUUCCAAAACCUCAAGUCCUGAUAAAACCCACUCUAAUUCAAACAAACAUUCACCGAAUAGAGAAGGUGCAUUUUCGAAAAGAAUAACGAAGACGAAUCCGUUAUUGCAUGGACAAGGCGAUGGAAGAGAGACACGAAGAAAGCUGUUCUUGAGAAGGGUUAGAGAAGAUUCGGAGGAUAAAAGAUGGAAAGCGAGAGGCGGUGAUGAUGAGAUGAUGAGAACUAUUUGGAUUGCAGAGCAAAGGAGGCGAGCGGAAAGACAAGCUAGAGAUGCGCAGGGCUGGGCUGUUGAUGCUGAUGAGCAGGAGAUGCAACAGGAUUACGGCGCUGGAAAUUUAAGUCUCGGUAUGCUUAUUCUAUCUAAGACUUUAUUCAUGAAUGAGUUUGCUGGAAUUGGGUUAACAAUGGUUGCAGAUGAGAUCAUGGCCGAGGAAGUGGCAAGGAACGAGGAAGAAGAAUUAGACGCUUUGUUGUCAUCUAUGACCGAAGCCGAAAGAAGACAAACUCUGGAUGAAGCGUAUGAGAAUGUCUCGACACUCGACGAAGAAAUUGGUCCAAUUGAUGAUCAGGAAGCAACUGCUUGGGCGCGAGGAGAAUUCCAACAUUUUUCAGACCAACACAAUAUGACUGUUAUGGAUGUUGAGCGACAUGUCAAUAGUUCCUCGCCUGAUACCCACUUUGGUAGCGACGAUGGUGAUUACGACGCCAUUUUCAUGGACGUUAUACAACAGGAAUCGUAUAUCUCGUAUCAAGAUAACCAGUCCAUGGAUGUGUCAGGAGACCAUGAAAUGAUGGACACGGAGAUGAGUUGA